AUGGAGCUAAAGGAGGUCAGGGGUCCUGUAGGAUUUUUCAAGUAUUUGUUCCAGGACUUCAAGCUGAGCAAGCAAGAAAUUUUCUACGUCUUGGGUCUCGUCGUGCUGAUCUUGGAGCUGUAUGGAGGGCUGUUCCUGGCGAUUGGAAAGCCUUUCCUGCCUCCCCAGGGGCCGGCUUGGGCCAUCAUCUUCAUCUGGGUUGUGUCCGGCACCUGUGGCUAUGUGGUGGACAAGCUGCACUUUCCUGGGGCGCUGGGCAUGAUUCUGUCCGGUAUGCUGCUGCGCAACGUGGGCGGAGGCAUCGUCAUCCGGGGGCUGAAGGCUUCUUGGUCGAAGCAGAUCCGCGCGGCUGCACUCGCCAUCAUUUUCCUGCGCUCUGGGCUGGAGAUUGAUCUGGAUAUCUUCAAGCGCGUGGGCGGCGCGGCGGUGCGGCUGCUGCUGGUGCCGGGCAUUUGCGAAGCCUUCUUCGACGGCGGCAUCGCGAUGCCCAUCUUCGGCAUGCCGCCAACUUUCGCGUUCGCGCUCGGGUUCAUCCUGAAGGCCGUGGGACCGGCGCUCGUCAUCCAGUCCAUGUUUGAAGUGCAGCAGCGCCGCCUUGGCACUGUCAAAGCGAUCCCGGCGACGGUGGUGGCGGCGGCAAGCUUCGACGAUGCGAUCGCGAUCACGGGCUACACGCUGUUCAUCAACCUGGCGGUGCAGGGCCACAGCAACACCGCCUGGAAUGUCGCGCACGGCCCGCUGUCGAUCAUCUUCGGCGUGCUCGCUGGCGGCCUGGCCGGCCUCUUCUGCAGCGCCACCAAGCUCUGGAGCAACCCCAUCAAGCGUACCUUUGUCAUGUUCCUCACCGUGCUGCUGAUGAAGUACUUCUUCGACCGCUACGGCUUCACCUCCUCCGGCGCCAUAGCCGCUCUCGUGCAGGGGCUGCUUGCCAAGGAGCUCUGGAAGCGGGGCCUGCCUAAAGCACUGGCAGGUGAGAGCGGGCCGCAGAUGGGCCGCGCGGUGGAGAAGCAGGUGCGCUGGUUCUGGCGCUUCAUCAUGAUGCCGGUGCUGUUCGGCCUCGUGGGAGCCUCCAUCAACUUCAGCACCAUUGAGAACGGCAUGAUCCCCAAAGCCUGCGCCAUCGUCAUCGCGGGGCUGGCCGUGCGCAUGCCAAUCACCUUCCUGGUCAUGUUUGGCUCCAAGUUCAGCUGGAAGGAGAAACUCUUCUUUGCCAUUGCCUGGUCUCCAAAGGCAACAGUGCAGGCCACCCUAGCGAACCUACCCCUGGACCAGGUGAAUGAGGCGAUCCCCAAGACCGACCCCCAGUACAACAACUACGCGAUGUGGGCCGAGGAGGCUCUGGUGACAGCUGUCUUCUGCAUCAUCAUCUGCGGCGCCUUCGGUACUCUGGCAAUCCGCUGGUUUGCGCCAGUGCUUCUCGACAAGGCGCCUGAAGAAGAUGACCCGACGGCGGCGAUUGUGACUGGACCCAGCUCCUCGAGUCCCCCUGCUGGCGUGUCACCCUCUGGCAGCCAGGUCGAGCUGUCCAAGAGGUCGGACCCCGAGUUUGCGCCGCGGCAGCCGGGGGCGUCGUCAUCGGCGGGCCCCCUACCGGUGGGGCUCGGUGGCGGCGAGGGGAGGCCCCGGACCCCCCGCCAAGCGCCGCCGGAGCCGGCCACGCCGCAGUCGCCCCGGGACACUGAGUCCGAGGCGCUGCGCAGCCGCAUGGCCCUGCUCGCUGCCUACCUGGACAGUGUGGAGGAUGCAGCGUCGGAGGUGGAGCGAAAGGCGAUGACUGUCGACGGCGCUGGCACCGCCACGGAGCGCCUGCAGCGCUCCAUAGACGAGCUCCGACGGAAGCUGCAGGAAGGUGCGGAUCCGGCCGCGCUGGGGCCGUCAGAGGUGGAAUCUGCCGAAGACUUCAUCCGCGCAACCUCCCUCCGCCACCGGACGACGUCUGGUAGGUCUCAAGUGAGCAUGCGCGCCAGGAGACAGGCGCCGGAUGUGGAUGCCACAAAGACAUCCAGCAAUGUCUGAGAGAGGGAACAGCCUGUGGCGGAUGCCUGCCUUCAGGGAGGAUCCAGAGGCAAACGAUGAAGUAAAGGUAGUUGCAGUCGCAUCGCAAAAUUGACCUGCUAUUACAGUGGUGGGAGGCAUGAUAAAUCAGUUUCUUGCAAGUAUAGAAAUGGCCCGUAAAAGUGUUGGGCAUGGCUUUAGAUUUCAGGACAACUCAGGGCUGUUUUGCUGUCUGUAUCCUAUCAGUGUCUUGAGAGCAUUCCCGAUCUAGAUAACAGAUCUGUUAUCUUUGUAAUGACUAGUAGCGGUGUGCAAGUGUCUUCCUCGGAUAUAGAUUUGGAGUUCACAGCCUGCCCAAUGUCUCAGGCGCUGGGCCAGGGUUGCUCUGGCUCAAUAUCACUAUUGAACAGCAAGUGAUUGGGGUUGUGCGGCAUGUAGUCUUUAAGUGCCCUGCUAUGCGGUCUCCUCGGAACAUAUUCACUUUGUAGUAAGCCCAAAAUAUUACACAAGCCCAACUUGUAAAAUACAUGGAAUAUUCCAUUUUC